AUGCCGGACAUAUCUUUUGUGUUUGGUCCGCGAAAUAGCUUCUUUUUCGACUGCCCACAGACAUGGAAAUUCCACGAGAUACCGCAUACACUUCGUCAGUUGUUCAAUAGCUCUAUGAGCCCGGCUUGGAGAGUCGCAAGCCCUUAUUGUCUUGCCCUUGCGCCUCAAGUAAGUAACUCCCCAGAGCCGAUUUGGUAUGUAGGGUGCAAGACUUUAGAUGGGGAAGACAAGCUCUUCCAUUCGCAGACGUACUUCGACGACAAUUAUCCCGAUCUCGCGCGAUGGAUCAAGUCGUUCCCGAAUGCGGCCCGCUCAUGCUUUGUGACCUUCGGCCAGAAUUUCAGCUACUUUGCAUGCGCACCUGGACAUGGCUCGAUAUGGGCCGGCAUACCUUCGGAUCUCGAGAAUAGAGUAAAGAAGUCACUAGUCACCCCGACCUGUGUUGGCAUUGGAAUGAAAGAUGCUUGGUUCGUCUUGUUCUCUAACGGAGACCUGGCGUGGAACUUCAAAGGUUAUUACAGCGGACUGAACAAGAUCUUGACCGAAACUGCGCCAGGUACUGUGAAUUAUGUGGCCAUCUCGCCGUACAACAAGCAACACUACUUCAUCGCAUUCCAGGACCGUACCGUCAAAUACAACUUUCAGGGAGCCCCUUCAGAAUGGACGCGACUCAUGACCGAAGUAUUCGACCUCUGGGCCGCUGAGCGCUCACGAAUGCAACAUGCCAUCCCACCACGUACACACCAGCUGCAAGCACAGCCAUUUGCACACGCGCAACAACCUCCAGCGCAAACCUAUCUUCAACCACAGUCGACGCAUAUCAUCAGUGCUUCGCGUUUACCGAUGGCUAUCCCGGUGUCGCCGCAAUCAGCGCCGAACACGCCUCUGCCUAUAUACACGAGCCCUGUACAGCAGAACGCGGUGCCGAAUGUUAUAUUCGGGGAUAAGGCGCCGUACUAUGGUGUUGUAGACUUGCCAGUGGAGCUACCAGGAAAUGCAUUACUUUCCGCAUCAAACACAGCAACAGGGUUACCAGAGAAAGACCCAGCCAAGAAGAGAAGAAGUUUCCUUUCGAAGCUGUUCUAA